CUGUCCCAGCCCUGCUGGGGGGGGUCCGCCCCUGGCGCUGUUUGGGGGUGCGGGAUGCAGCGCAGCCCCCCGGGGUCCCCCUCCCGGCUCUGCGGCGACGUCAGGCCGUGACUCAGCCCCGCGGGAUGUGGCCCCACGCCCGACCCGGCCCUUCAUAAGGCGGCGGAGCCGGCGCUGACCCUACAGCUCCCGACGCCAUGGCGGCCUUCGGCCUCUUCCUCCUCCUCAGCGCCGCCGCGCUGGCAUCGGGGCAUCUGCAGCAGGUGGUGCAGGAGAGCCUGGACCUGCGGCCCCCCAACAUCAAACAAGUGCUGCAGCAGGAGCAGGACCUCGAGGUGCCCCCCGACAUCCUGGUGGGGGGGGCCAUGUUCCCCUCGAGAAGCCCCCCGGUGUGGGGCAGCGCCCUGGACGGGUUCCCCCCCGCCUGGCCCAUGGCCGCCACGGUCACCGAGCACUGCCGCGACCCCCCCACGCUGCCGCCGCCGCUGCUGCUCCCCCCGAACGCCUUCGCCCACCUGCGGCGGCAGGCGGCCGCGCUGGCAGCGCUGCGGCCCCGCAUGAACGAUUGCUGCCGGCACCACAGCCCGCUGCCCUGCGCCCGCCGCGCCUGGACGGACGUGCUGGACGGCUUCUGCACGGAUGAGUUCGGGGUGAAGACGCGGCAGUUCCACUGCUGCCGCCGGCACGGGGCCGCGCGGCGCCGCUGCUUCGCCCAGGAGACCCCGGCCCCCACCUGGGACCCCGUCCCCACCUGGGACCCCAAUGCCGCCUGGGAUUUGGUCGCCGAGCCGCCCUUUCCUCCCGGCGAGCCCACGGCCACCAACCUGGGCAACAUCUGCGGGCUGCGGGCGCUGCGCCCCGGGACCCCCGGCCCCGGUGGGCGCUCCGGGCCCCGCGUGCGGCUGCGGGUCCGGCUGGAGCGGGAGUACGGCCGCUGCUGCCGCAACGAGAGCCUGAGCUGCGCCCACAACGCUUGGCUGAAGGGGCUGAAUCGCUUCUGCCGGGAAGAAUCAUCGGUGAAGACGGGGCAGCACCGGUGCUGCCAGCGGGGGGGUCCCCGGGCCAGGGGUCGCUGCUUCGCCGCCGCCGCCCCCCACCCCGAAUACGACCGGGAGCUGCACAACGUGAGCCUGGCCCGGCCCGGCCCGGCCCUGCUGCGCUCGCUCUGCGGCCCCACCAGGCUCUUCACCAAGACGCGGCCGGUACCGGAGCUGCUGGGGGCCAUGACGGCUGCGUGCUGCCCGCUGCCCCCCGAGGAGCGCGGCGCCUGUGCCCGGGAGCAGCUGUCCCAGGGCAUCGCCACGCUCUGUGCCACCCCCCGGGACGCCUGGCGGGACCCUCAGGGCUGCUGCUCGUGGGAGGAGCCCGAGCGGCGCCGCUGUUUCGACAACACCUACCUGAGCCAGGUGAGCCUGGGGGCCGCCCUGGCGCCCCCGCCCCCCGGCCACGAGGAGUGAACCCCUCCCGGAACGAGGGAACAAUAAAGAUG